CCCUGUGGGGGACAGGGUGUCUCUGGGGGUGUGAUGGCACCUGCGAGGCUCAGGAUGGGUUGGGGGGUAUGUCUCCUUGCAGGCUCUGGAUGGGGUUGAGGACCUCCUGUAAGGCUUAGGAUGCAUUUGGGGUGUCACCUGUAAGGCUCAGAAUGGGUUGGGGGGGUCACUUCUGAGGCCCAGGAUGGAUUUGAGGGGAUUCCCCUGUGAGGAUGCCAUUGGGGCACCCAUGGGAGCCUUGUUUGUCUGGGGGCUGUCACGGAUGUGGGAGGCCCUAUGGGUGGGUCCGGGGUCCCCGGGUGACCCCCCCCCGUGUCGCAGCCAUGGAUCCGGGCGUGGGGGCGCGGAAGGAGCGGCCGAAGCCGCGGGAGCCAGCGGCUCGCCUGGAGAAGGCCAAGCAGAGGUCGGCACAGCAGGAGCUGAAGCAGCGGCAGCGGGCGGAGAUCUACGCUCUGAACCGGGUGAUGACGGAGCUGGAGCAGCAGCAGUUCGACUCCUUCUGCAAGCAGAUGCAGGGAUCCGGGGAAUGACAGCCUGGCCCCUGCCCUGUCCCCCCCGCCCCCCUUUUCUAACCCCCCCGGUAUUUAUUAUCAAAUCGCCCUUUUUAUAUCAAUAAAGUCUGUGCUAGUUCUCUGUC